CUACAGCAUGUCUAUAUAAUUCUAUAUCCUUUUCUUUCCUUUUUAAUUUAAUUUCAGUUUCUUUCAAAUUUCAUAAUCAGAUUCUUUGCUUCCCUUCCCUUCCCCACCAGCGCCGCCGCCACCACCGACGUUACCGCUUUCUCUCUCGCUUUCUUCCUCGAAAGUAUAUAGUUUUGGUUUUUGGAAAUGAAUUGAAGGAGAAGGAAGAGCUAUAAUUAAUUGAGGUAAAUAUUUGUUUUUUCUGUUCUUAUAUUUAUAAAGAGAAGGAAAAUGGAGAGGUACGAGCUGGUGAAAGACAUAGGAUCUGGUAAUUUUGGAGUGGCAAGGCUGAUGAGGCACAAGCAAACCAAAGAACUUGUCGCCAUGAAAUACAUCGAGCGUGGCCUCAAGAUUGAUGAAAAUGUAGCAAGGGAGAUUAUCAAUCACAGAUCGCUUCGCCAUCCUAACAUAAUUCGGUUCAAGGAGGUGGUUUUGACGCCUACUCAUCUUGCUAUCAUCAUGGAGUAUGCUGCCGGAGGAGAGCUGUUCGAGCGAAUUUGCAAUGCUGGAAGGUUCAGUGAAGAUGAGGCGAGGUAUUUUUUCCAACAGCUUAUUUCAGGAGUUAGUUACUGUCACUCUAUGCAAAUAUGCCAUAGAGAUUUGAAGCUGGAAAAUACCUUGUUGGAUGGAAGCCCGGCACCGCGGUUGAAAAUCUGUGAUUUUGGUUAUUCUAAGUCGUCUUUGCUGCAUUCAAGACCCAAAUCUACAGUUGGCACUCCUGCUUAUAUUGCUCCAGAGGUUCUCUCUCGGAGAGAAUACGAUGGCAAGUUGGCAGACGUGUGGUCUUGUGGGGUGACUCUGUAUGUUAUGCUGGUGGGAGCAUAUCCAUUCGAGGACCAGGAGGACCCAAAGAAUUUCAGGAAAACAAUCAAUAGAAUAAUGGCAGUUCAAUACAAGAUCCCUGACUAUGUCCACAUAUCUCAGGAUUGCAGACAUCUCCUCUCUCGCAUAUUCGUUGCAAAUCCAAUCCGGAGGAUCACAAUUAAAGAAAUCAAGAGCCAUCCAUGGUUCUUGAAGAACUUGCCAAGGGAACUGACAGAAGCAGCUCAGGCCAUGUACUACAGGAGAGAAAAUCCCACCUUUUCUCUUCAAAGUGUUGAAGAAAUCAUGAAGAUCGUGGAAGAGGCCAAGAUUCCUGCCCCAGUAUCCCGAUCUAUUGGAGGCUUUGGCUGGGUAGGAGAAGAGGAUGAUGACGUGAAGGGAGAUGAUGCAGAGGGUGUUGAACAAAAGGGCGGAGAAGAGGAAGAAGAGGAAGAAGAAGAAGAUGAGUAUGAGAAGAGAGUUAAGGAGGCACAAGCAAGUGGGGAAGUUCGUGUCAGUUAAGAUUCAUUCCCUCUUCCUGCUACUUUAUACUUCCGUUCUUUGUGUAGAACUGUGUGCUAAUGGGCUGGUCCUGAAUAAAUGUUUGUAAAUUGUAGCAUCAUAUUGGGUAGAAUGGGUGUGAAACUAUUGAACUGUAUGAGAAAUAGAGAAUUAUACUGUGUUGAGCAGGAAGGACUUCUGGCUGUUAUGAUCC